AUGGGUUCCUUCAAUGCCUUCAAGACCCUCAUUGUGGUCGGUCUUAUAACCACUGCCCACUUGGUUGACGCUCACGCUGCCAUCAUUAGCGCUGUCGGUGAUGCCGGUGGCUCCGGAAUGGCUCUCGGUGUUGACACCUCUACGCCUCGCGAUGGAACUAGACGAAACCCCUUCCAGCAGGACGCGACCCGAUUCAAGGGAGACCAGAAAGACACCUUUGGCGAGACUGUCGGCGCCGGCAACAACAAGCUCGAAGCUGGUACUUCUGCCAUCAUGGCCGAGACAGGCGAUCAGCUUCCCCAGGUCACGCAGGGUGGCGAGAUUAGCAUGACUCUACAUCAGGUUAAUGCUGAUGGCGGUGGCCCUUAUACUUGCAUGAUGAACACGGACGGCACCGGCCAGACCUGGACUAAUAUUCAGGUUACUCAGUCCCCUCCUGGCAAGAACUCCCGGAACCGUGAGGGAGAAGCCACAGACUUCCCCCUGAAGGCCGCUAUCCCGGCCAAUGCUGAUUGCUCUGGUGCCGUCGCUGGUCAGGAAGGCGUUUGCUUGGUUAGGUGCCAAAACGACGCUCGCGCUGGCCCCUUCGGCGGUGUCGUCCCAGUGCAGAUGGCUAAUACAACUGCUACUGCCGCACGCCGAGCCCGUACACUUACCUUUAAGCGAUCAGAUGGGCUGCUAACCAGGCUGGCGAAGCGAGACACUACAUUUACUACGGAAGAGGAGGAGGAGGAGGAGGAGGAGGAGGAGGAGUAG